AUGCCAAAAUCUACGCAUACUCGAAGAAGCACUUCAAUUAGUCAAGCAAAAAUUCCGAUUUCUCUUCAAAGGAAACCUGCUAAAUCUGUCGCCUGCCAACGAUGCCACUCGCGCAAGGUGAAGUGCUCAGGGGGGCAACCAUGCUCGAACUGUCGUGAUGCGGAUGCUAUCGGCGCUUGCGUCUACCCUACGCGUGAUCGUCAGGUCAAGUUUAGUCAACAAUAUGUUGAAGAUCUCUUGCGGGAGAAUGAACGACUACGCGAUGCGGGCUCAGUCGCCCCAUCUAGUUCCGUCGGUACUCGUCAAACCCCAACCACGGAAAACCAGGAGACCGUGCAGAAUCCCCUCGUAGAGGACCGACCUCAAGGAUGGUUCUUUCCCAUGUCGUCUCUCGACAUGCCCAUACAUAUCAGCGAAGCUGCAGAUGCAGCUUUCGCAACCCGAUUCCGCGAAACAUUGACUCCGCACAGUGUACACAUUCCAAGAACAAGCUAUGUGCGGGAUGAGGCCCUCAUGCUACUUUCAGAGUCCCAGUUCAACUGGCCGACUCCAGCAAGAGCACGUUUCCUAGUCAAAGUUGCUUUGAGCACUGUUUGCCAGUACUAUCACAUUGUGCUCAAGUCGUCGAUUACGGAAGCACUAGAAAAGGCGAUCAAGAACAACAAUGAUGUCGAAAGAUUGAUGAGGUGCAAGCUACUGGCGCUGUUUGCCUUGGGUGAAGUGUACUCCAGCCGUGUCACGGCCCAGGAAGCAACGUUCCCUGGGUUGCCAUACUUCGCGCAGGCCAGGAGAAUAGUCAGCAUACCUGCGGAGAGGCCAACAUUGCAUGCAGUCGAGAUUGCACUUCUUCUUACGCUCUACUCAUACAACCUCAAUCGAAGGCAUACGGCGUAUCUUCUUGCAAGUUCCGCUGUUAGACUCGGCAUUGUCAUGGGCCUCAAUAUGAACGUGCCUGACGGUUUGUACUCGAACCGGCUUGCAAGAGAGCAUCGAAAGAGAUUGUGGUGGACAGCAUAUGUACUGGAUCGGACUUGUUGCUCCAAGCUUGGUCACCCUGCAAGCAUAGCUGACGAGGACAUUAUUGUCGAUUAUCCAAGCAGCGACAAUCUGGAAGGCUCGACAGACUUUGAACACGUGGAGUAUACCCUGAAGAGCAUUGAACUAGCCGGUCUGUCACAGCAAACACGUCAGCAGCUUUAUUCCCGACGAAAGCAUCACGUUCCAUUCUCUCAAAGAGUGCAGACGACUCUAAAGAAGAUCACAAAGUGGAUGGAGACCCUCCCUCCUCAACUACAGUUGGAGAGUGGCAAGGGAUCUGCGCAGCCCAACAGCAUCGUCUAUCUUCAUUUGAGGUUCAACCAGUGUUGUAUCAUUGCGACGCGACCUAUCCUACUCCAUGUUCUGCGAGCACACUGCAAAUCCUGGACAGAUCCUCCCAUCAACCCUAGAACAAGCCUUCCGGAAAGUGCAUUGACGCUUGCUGAAACCUGCAUCCAGUGUUCCCGACACUCAUACCGACUUCUGAGUGAAGCAUGGAUCCAUGGGUCGUUCGCUAUCUUCGACUACUUCUACACACAGUAUCUGUUCUCUGCUGCUACAAAUCUGGCAUUGUCAAGCCUCCUAGGGUCUGCACAGAGCCAAAGCGAUGGCGACAACUUCAACACUGCAGCAGAUAUCAUCCGCCAAUUAAGCCAAAGUGGAAACUUUGCAGCACAGGAGUUCCUUGAGCACCUUGAUGCAAUGGAGGAGAGCAUAGGAAAGGUCCGCAGCAACAGCUUGAUUCAAGACCCCGCACCACGUAUACCAAUCGUUAACGACGAGGCUUCCAUGCCGUUCACUGCACCUAUCAUGACUGCGGGCAUGGCGCUUGCUGAACCUUCCCUUCAAGAGUUCUUGGCAGAGACAGACCUUGCGAUAAGUGAUAUCGACAACCCGAGUUUCGAUCCACUGCAAACGCCUUACUGGCCGGGCAUAUGGGGUGGCGAUGAGUGGGCGAAUGGUUGAUAUGGUGCAUGACUGAACUAUAUGCGAUUACACUGGAAGCUCUUUUGACGAUCUCGGGCCAAGCCGCUCUUCCGCCCAUUCUUGCAUCGACCGACCUUGCUUGGCGGUAGUGAACGUCAGGAGUCCAGCAAGGACUGCUAAAAUUGCACCUGUUUAUAGUCAGAAAGAGUAACGG